AUUGACUAUUGGCAUUUGACCUUGUGAGGUGGAAUGCCCAACUCGCGCCAUCUACUUUGAGGCUUCAGAAUCGGGAUCAGCUGGAAUAGCGAAUGCUAGACGAGUGACGAGAGUGAAAACACGUGGGGCUGCUCGAACUCCAAACAAAUAUUGUUUUUUGCGGUUAUUAGGAGAUUACACUAAUUAUUGACGUCCCUUCGAACGCAAUAAUGGUGGUAUUUACGUGCAACAAUUGUGGUGACUCGUUGCAGAAACCAAAAGUCGCAAAACAUUAUCAGUUCCAGUGCCGGAAUGCAGUCUCGUUGACUUGUGUGGAUUGUUUCAAAGAUUUUAUUGGUGAUGAAUACGUAGCUCAUACAAAAUGUAUAACCGAAGCUGAAAGGUAUGGAGGAAAGGAUUACAAAGCCAAACCAUCGGCGAACAAAGGUGAGCGUAAGCAACAAGAGUGGAUAAACGUCGUGCAAAAUGUUCUGACAAACUCCACAAAUUUAUCCCGAGAGGAGAAAUCAUUCCUGCAGUCCAUAUCGAGACACGAGAAUAUUCCCAGGAAGAAGGCAAAAUUCCUGAAUUUCGUGAAGAAUGCUGUGGGGUACAGACUCAAUAUGAAUGUUGUUGACAGUUGCUGGGAGAAAAUGGAGAGUGCAUUCAAGGGGACGACGGAAAGCAAAUCUGAGAUAACAAAAAGUGUUGAAAAAACCGAAAACAUUGUCCCUGAGAAAGUAGAUCAGAAGGAGGCUCAGGUAGUGGAGAAUGACUUUAAUGAAAAUAUAUGUAGGGAUAAUGGGGAUUCGGCAAAGGGGAAAGAAAACACUUCAGAGAAUGGGAAUGAUGAGAUGGCCAAUGGAAAAAAAAAGAAGAAAGCUAAAAAACGUCAGUUGGAUGAAGGAAAUGCCUCUGAGGGUCAAAAUGAGGAGCCCAGUCCUAAGAAGAAGACGACAGAGUCUGUAGCAGUCCCUGAACAAUCAUCUGUAACUCCUGAGACUGGGAAAUUCGAUUGGAAAUCGAGUAUUUUAGAAAUUAUUGGAGAUAAAGACGACAUUUCCCUCAAAAAGUUGAGGAAAAAAGUAGUGGGGAGUUACCUGAAUCACGUUGGAGAUGCUGUCACUCGAGAGAAGGCUAUUUCCCGGUUCGAGAAAAAAUUGAAAAAAAUAUCUGAAUUACAAUCUGUCGAUGACAGAGUCAAACGUGUAUAGAAAUUAAUUAUCAAUAUUUUUUAUUGAGACAAUAAAGUAAUGUUAAAACAUGGAAAA